GGAGCAUUCAGACCAAAUCAGCUUAUUUCUGAAGAAUGGCAUUGAGUGACCUCCUUUACCCAGAUAAUCCCAAGAGAAAGCAAGAACUGAUUCAUCUGCAUCAGGAAUUGCUUGACUGCAUGUCCGCAAAUUUCCAUGCAACAAACGAGCUGGUUGGCGUGCUGAAUGAACACCUGGGCUGUACUAUUGCCCCCAUCAAAAUGAGAGAGAGCAGUACAGUCAAGGAAAACUGUGAGAUUAUCAUUCAAGUGAUGAGUGCAAUUCAGCAUCAGGUGCAGAAGAUCGAUAGUGACAUGAAGGAAAAGCUUGAGCCAGUGCUGUACCAGAAGCUAUAUGAUAUCAAAGAGCCUGAGCUGGAGAAAAUUGCAAUAGCCCAGAGAGUUUUUUCCAUUAUUUUUGGAGAAGCAACUUCAACAGCUGCAAUGGUGGCUAUCAAACUUCUUGGCUCCGAUCAUUUAACUCUCACUGUGAGCAAGCUCAUCAGUCUCCUUGCACAGAUUGGGGCAUCUGUUCUUGGGGGAGUUAGUAUUACCAUUAUUGGGCUUGGCCUUGAAAUGAUUCUCCAUGCCAUCCUGGGAGCUGUGGAGAGGAGUCAGCUUCUGACAGCUGUGAGAAGCUACGAGAAGCACCUGGCUGAGUUUAAAGCAGCCUCAGAAAAGUACCAGCAUGCCAUCCAUGAGGUAACUUCUUUGGUGAGACAGCAAGUUCAAUAA